CUUCAGGUCAAAAAUAGGAGGAGCUAGGAGGCUUUGGUCACAUGCUCUGUUGAAAGAAAAAUAUGAAUAAUAAUAAAGAAGUUCCUCAGAACUCUGUUGCUGUUUCUUCGUCAUCGUCGGCACCAAUAACUGUUAUUUCUCCUCAGCAGGAUGCUAAUAAUUUCAUAAAGAAGAGACGCACUGCUUUAAGAAAUAGAAUUUAUGCUAUCGUAAGACACAAGCAGAAGCAGCAUCAAAUCUUUCUAGACAAGAAGAAUCAGCAGCAACAGCAGCGUGUUGAUGAUGCCACGCAACGUGCUCUCUUAGAGAAGCAGGAUCAACAGUGUAUUGCGGCAACAAGAAUGAUUGAGGAAGAACUCCUCAAGUCUUCUCGAUCAUUUGAGGAGUACUUCGAUUUAAGAACUUUUGACGCCCGUGUACGAACUAUAUUGCAACAGCUUGGAACAAUGCUUUCUCAGCGGCGUGCUGCUGCUGCUGCCAUGAAUAACGGAGAGGCUCAAUGUAUUACAUCUACCCGAGCGGUCCAUACUUCCAUAAGCGUUAGUAACUCUUUCCAAUGCGGAAGAAGCCUUGUGCCAAUUAAUUGCACCACUGCAACAGCUGGAGCAUUUUCUAUUGGGCCUGACAUGCAGACACACCAUUCUACUGGUGCUAAUCACCAGAUGGUUGAAGUUAAUAGGCCGAAUAUGAACCAAAUUACUUGUGGGAUCUCUAGUCCUCUGAUUACUGGAUUUAACGGCAACUGUGUACCAGUUUCUGCUAAUAUACCCAUGACUUCUCAAGACCUCUUCAAUGCUACACAUUUUUCAACUUUACCUCAACCUUUUCUGCAACCACCACCUGAUCAGUCACACAUGCAUAGAUACUCAAUGAGCAACGUUGCUUCUUUUGGUCAAAGUAAUCCAUAUCCCUGUGGAGUUGUUAUGUCAUCUGGCUCAAUGGCAGUUGCUCAGAAUUCAAUUCCAUGGAACAACCCCAAUCCUAUGCAGGGACUUGACCCUACCGUCACAAGUUAUCACUCAAACCUGCAACCAAUGCAACAAACCCCAUUGCCUAAACGUCAACUACAUCAUCCCCUGUGGAAUACCAAUUUCCAAUCUGCUCCCAAUAACAGAGACAAUUUGCCUCAGGUCAGUCAACAACUCUCAAAUCAUGGGUCUCGCCAGCACCGAGGACAACACUCCCAAAAUCUUUAUCCUGGCCAACUCCAGAACCAAGAUCGUUUACUUCCCAAUCUGACUCAGCAAGCUAUGGCUUUAGCUGCUCCUGUCAUGCAUGUACCAAGUAAACAGGUUAAUGAAGAUUGUGGUCAAACGUCUUCGAACACCGUUCUGCGGUGGAUUCCGUUUAUGUUCCAUGCACGUCAUUGCAAGGCUAAGAAAGAUAAGUGUGCGAGCAAGUUUUGCUUUCAAGCCAGAAAGAUAGUGAAACAUAUAGACUGCUGCAAGGUCCCUAACUGCAAAUAUAGGUAUUGUCUUGGUACUCGGAUGUGGUUAGAUCAUUUCAAGCAAUGCAAAAGCAUAUCGUGCCGUACCUGUGUAGCUGUCAGAGAAUACAUGGAAAAGAAUAAAUACACAAUUGUACCUCUCCGUAGAGCUAAGUGUAGCUCAGCUAGUUCAAAAUGUCAACCCAAGAAAUCCUCAAAAUCCAGGCAAGCAUAUAAAAAAGGAGGUGCUGAAGCUCCAUCUGUUGAUGCUGAUCUGCAACGCUCAAUCAAGCGCCCGAAACUACAUCGACCCUCCCAAAAUAUCACUCCCGAGACAAAGAGCAUUUCGGUGACAGGAUGUGGUGUUGUCUGUAAACCUCAUUCCUUAAUGAAUAUGCAAGAGAAAGAUGGUUUGCAAAGCCUCAAAGUUGAGGCUAUGCCUAUGGACAUUGAUGUUCCUGGUGCUUCUGAGAUUCCCGUUACCAGGGAGCUGGUGAAACAUGUUGCUGAAGAUACUCCCAAGGGUAAUAAUUGUGGUGGUUUUGCUAUGGUUGAAAAAACUAGUUGCUUAUUGGCACAAGGGAAAUCCAAAUGUAUGAAUGAAAUGAGUGCACCAAAGGAAGAGAAUGUGAAACAGUCUGUGGAAGUUGUAGAUGCGUCUAAGAUGGAAAUCUCCUCACUUGUUGAAUUGUUUACUCCUGAGCAAGUAAAGGAGCAUAUCCGCAGUCUUCGUCAGUGGGUAGGACAGAGUAAAACCAAGGCAGAAAAAAACAAAGCAAUGGGGUGCUCCAUGUCUGUGAAUUCUUGUCAGUUAUGUGCUGUUGAGUGGCUUGUAUUUGAGCCAGUACCUAUUUACUGCUCACCUUGUGGUAUACGCAUCAAGAAAAAUGCCUUGCACUAUAGUAUUGCGGUUGGUGAGUCAAGGCACUAUGUCUGUGCACCUUGCUACAAUGAAGCGCGUGAAAAAUUGGUUUUUCUUGAUGGAACUUCUAUACCGAAAACAAGGCUUCAGAAAAAGAAAAAUGAUGAACAAGUUCCGGAAGGGUGGGUGCAAUGUGAUAAGUGUGAAGCAUGGCAGCAUAUAAUUUGUGCUUUGUUCAACAGCCGAAGAAAUCAUGGAGAAUCCACCAAGUACACUUGCCCUAGUUGCUAUAUACAAGAGGUGGAACAAAGAGAAAGAAGACCAUUACCACUAAGUGCUGUUCCGGGGGCAACAAGUUUACCAGUUACUUCUCUUAGCAAGCAUCUAGAGGAGCGGUUAUUCAAAAAGUUGAAGGAGGAAAGACAAGAGAGGGCUAGACUUCAAGGAAAAACUUAUGAGGAGGUCCCAGGAGCUGAAUCACUUACUGUCAGAGUUGUGGCAUCGGUUGAUAAAGUAUUAGAAGUAAAGGAACGUUUCCUUGAGCUUUUCCGUGAAGAAAAUUAUCCAUCUGAAUUCCCUUAUAAGUCCAAGGCCAUUUUUCUGUUUCAGAAGAUUGAAAAUGUGGAAGUAUGCUUGUUUGGUAUGUUCGUUCAGGAAUUUGGGACAGACUCUGGACCUCCCAAUGAGCGGCGGACCUUUCGAACUGUGUCUGGAGAAGCCCUUCGCACCUUUGUGUACCAUGAAAUUCUGAUUGGUUAUCUCGAUUAUUGUAAGAAACGUGGUUUUACAAGCUGCUAUAUAUGGGCAUGUCCUCCACUUAAGGGUGACGAUUACAUUCUUUACUGUCAUCCUGAAAUCCAGAAGACUCCAAAGACCGACAAACUAAGGGAAUGGUAUUUGGCAAUGUUAAGAAAAGCUUCAAAAGAAGAUGUGGUCGUUGAAUGCACAAACCUCUACAAUCAUUUUUUUGUCCAGUCUGGUGAAUGUAGAGCUAAUGUAACUGCUGCAAGGUUGCCAUAUUUUGAUGGAGAUUACUGGCCAAGUGCUGCUGAGGAUUUACUACGCCAAAUGAACCAAGAAGAUGAUGGUGAGACAAAGUUACAUAGAAAAGGAUUGACCAAAAAGGUCAUAUCGAAAAGAGCCCUAAAAGCCGUUGGCCAGUUGGACCUUUCUCUUAAUGCCUCCAAGGAUCGACUUAUGAUGCAAAAACUCGGUGAGACCAUUUGUCCGAUGAAGGAAGAUUUUAUAAUGGUUCAUUUGCAACAUUGCUGCAAGCAUUGUACCACUCUCAUGGUAUCUGGAAACCGGUGGGUCUGCAAUCACUGCAAGAAUUUUCAGAUCUGUGACAAGUGUUACGAAGUGGAACAGAACCGCAUAAAUAUAGAGAGACAUCCGAUUAAUCAGAAAGAGAAACACGCGCUAUUUCCUGUGGCCAUCAAAGACGUUCCCACCAAGAUUGAAGACAAAGAUAACAACCUCGAGAGCGAAUUUUUCCAUAAUAGACAAGCUUUCCUGAAUCUUUGCCAAGGAAAUAACUAUCAGUACGAGACUCUCAGGCGGGCGAAACAUUCUUCCAUGAUGAUUCUCUAUCAUCUCCACAACCCCACUGCCCCUGCAUUUGCGACGGUUUGCACCAUCUGCCAACAAGAAGUUGAAAACUCUCAAGGCUGGCACUGUGAAGUUUGUCCGGGCUAUGAUGUCUGCAGUGCCUGUUACUCAAAGGACUCUAUAAACCAUUCACAUAAACUGACAAGCCGUUCAUCUUCUACGGAUAGUACUGUUGUACAACAGAACGGGCAAGCUAGUCAGAGUUAUCAAGUCAAGCUUGAGAAGUUAAAAAAACUGCUAGUACAUGCAGCUACAUGCCGCUCUACACAGUGCCAAUAUCAAGGUUGUCGUAAGAGUAAGAUGCUCUUCAGACAUUGUAUAGACUGUACGACUGGAGAUUGCCCCAUUUGUAAGGGAUUGUGGAGUCUCCUCAAACUCCAUGCCCGCAACUGUAGAGAUUCCAAGUGCACUGUCCCCAAAUGCAGCGGUUUGAGAGCGAUUAGUAGAAGGAAGCAGCAGCAGGCAGACAAAAGGCGUAGAGCUGCUGUAAUGGAGAUGAUGCGGGAAAGGGCCGCUGAAGCCACCCGCACUGGCUGA